AUGCGAGUCUCCCCACUAUCCCUCCCUGCACAAUCUGUUUUUCGCUAUGAUCUUCAAGAUGACCUUCUCAAUGACCUGGUCAAGCUUCGAAAAGCGGCCUGUGAUGACGGUGAUGUGGUUUUCGUCCUGCACGGCCACGACAGUGUCUGGGUCCACUCUCCACUCUUCUACGUCGCAUCUGGGAACAAGCUGCCGACUGAAUUCGGGAACGUUAUUGGCAAAGCAAUAAACGACCGAGGCAAAGAAGUGACGAUAAUAUCUGUGCCUGAGGAAAAUCGACCUUUUGUCGAAAGGUUUCUACAAAGAAGCUAUACUAUAGAGUCCCUGGAAUUACUUUGGAAAGCAAUGGGCAGUGAUGAUGUGCGUUUGAAAAAUAAGGACGAGCGUAUGGAAGCCAGCACCAGAAACAUGAAAUCAACACUACCUGAGUCGAUGUUACCAGACUUUGAAAUCAGUUUAGGGGAUCUUGACGGCGAGGAAACCAAUGGAUGGCCGAGGUUUUCAAUAAAGGUUCACCGGUUUUUGCUGGAUAUCAGAGUCGAGUACUAUCAAAUCAAAACUCGUGCUGGUUUAAGAUUCAAGGAUCCAACGCCACACUGUUCAAAAUUAUCAAGGGCUAUCUUUACAGAUUUCUCCCUUUGGUCCAUAGCGAUGCAUGUGUAUUGCGGGAUACCUUCAGCUAUUUUUGGGAUUGAUGCAAACCUCCAGGAUUAUAUCACAGAACCUGAAGUGGACAAAGAACCCCGCUGCAGCGAGUUGUACAAAAAAGGACUACUCCCAGCUGAGGGCAUUGAGGAUUUAUUCCUACAGAUUUCUAUGGCUGCAAACUUUUUUCUUGUCACUCAAUUGGAGGAUUGGGCUCACUUUCAAACUUAUAGACUGGCACAUCAAUUUCGGUGUACCGGAAACGGAUGUGCUGAAGUAAUUCCAUACAUUCUCCAGGCAGUUUAUGAUAGCGAUGUGACGGAUGAAUGGAUGUUCAAUAAAGGGAUGUCUUGGUUUUCUCUGUUACGAAAUAUCCCGAGCCUAUGGAAAAAGUCGUUAAUUUCCAAAUCGAGUGUGCUUCCUCCUUUGAUUGAAAGAAUAAAGAGUUAUACUGUUAGAGACGAGGAUGAAGACGAGGAUAGAGAAGAAGAAAACAGGUUUAUAAGAGGGGAGGAAGCUCUUGAACUGUUCAUAAGGCUUUGGAAGUUAAGGCAAUACACCUCACUAACAAAAAUUGCGGAUAAGUGGGACAAUGGUCUAAUAAAUCCGCUCAUGGAGCAUGCAAUCGAGGUUAUUUUAGAGGACCUUAGCAACUCUAUAGCCUUCACCAUCAACAGAUUAAAGGACCUACGAAUGAGUAAAGGCUUCUCGAAACUCGCUAGUGAGGAUUUGGUACGGAAGAUUCUCGACAAAGCAUCUUCGAUGGAGAUUGAAGGACACUAUUGGUCUAAUAUUGAGGUAUUAAAGGAACUCAUCAAGAAGAAGGAGGCGCCUCGUAAGGAACCACCCCUUGAGGAGAAACUGGAUUCCCAGAGUGAGUUGAAUCCAGAGAAAGAUAAAGAGAAUGGGGGUUUGGAAAAGAGCGUGACAAAGGUUGAAAGUCGCCUAAAGGCCUCUGCUUCACCGUUUUUUCCCCGUGGAAUUCCCGGGCUUUUGGGAAACCAGGAAGACGUUCCAAAGGAACUCAUUUGUCCCGAGAUCCCCUACCCCCACGGUAAUAAUGCAUCACAGGAUGAGCCAAGUGUUGGUGAUCAGAACUCUGUAAUAUCCGAAUUGGGGGGACAUUUACCUCGCCCUGCAUCUGGGCCCCUUGCUGAAAUGACUAUUUUGCAGUCAAAACGUCAAAACUAUAGGGGUCGGCGAUAUAUGUCUACUCCCUUACCCAAAGGGGAAUCACAAGAAGAGAAUGAGGGAAAUGAGAACAGGAGGUUUACAGGUCCAUCAAUAGGUGGUGCUAUUCCAUUUUGUCAACAGAUGAAAAUGACCAAUCUAUAA